CUGCGUCACGCGUUCUUGUCCGAUUGCCACGGACACUGAACUAGCAAGUUCCUCAGCACGCUCUGACUUUCUCUUUUUUUCACCAGCUGGUGUGCUCUGAGACGCAAACAUGCCGCGUGAGAUCAUCACCUUGCAGGCUGGACAAUGCGGGAACCAGAUCGGGCAAGAGUUUUGGAGUUUACUCUGUCAGGAACAUGGGAUUAGUCCAGAUGGGACGCUUGAGGAUUUUGCAACGGAGGGCGGAGACCGAAAGGAUGUGUUUUUCUAUCAGGCCGAUGAUGAACAUUACAUUCCGCGCGCCCUCCUAGUCGAUUUAGAGCCCAGGGUCAUCAACAACAUUCUCUCCUCACCCUACGCCAACCUCUACAACCCCGAAAACAUUUUCCAAUCAAUAGAUGGGGGCGGCGCCGGAAACAAUUGGGCUGCUGGGUACGGCCGAGGUGAAAAGAUUUAUGAGGACAUUAUUGAAAUGAUUGAUCGGGAAGCAGAUGGAAGUGAUAGUUUGGAGGGCUUUAUGCUCCUGCACUCUAUUGCUGGUGGAACAGGCUCUGGUCUUGGCUCCUAUCUCCUCGAAACCCUCAACGAUCGAUACCCUAAAAAGUUGAUCCAGACAUACUCUGUAUUCCCUAAUAGUCAAGAAACCAGUGACGUUGUCGUACAACCCUACAAUUCUAUCCUCAGUUUGAAGCGACUGACUCUCAAUGCUGAUUCUGUGGUUGUGCUUGACAAUGCUGCUCUCAACAGAAUUGCAGCCGAUACACUGCACAUUCAGAAUCCUACUUUUGCCCAAACCAAUCAACUCGUUUCCACGGUCAUGAGUGCGAGCACCACAACAUUACGAUACCCGGGUUACAUGAAUAAUGAUCUUGUGGGCAUUGUUGCGUCCCUUAUCCCAACGCCUCGCUGUCAUUACCUGCAGACGAGCUACACACCCUUUACGGGUGAGCAAGUGGACAAGGCAAAGAGUGUUCGAAAAACCACUGUGUUGGAUGUGAUGCGAAGAUUGCUACAGCCGAAAAACAAGAUGGUAUCUACCAACCCUUCCAAAAAGAGCUGCUAUAUCUCAAUUUUGAAUAUCAUUCAAGGAGAUGCGGAUCCUACGGAGGUCCAUAAAUCCUUGAUGAGAAUCCGAGAGAGGCGCCUGGCACAAUUCAUCCCAUGGGGACCUGCAAGUAUACAGGUGGCGCUGUCACGCAAAAGUCCGUACGUUCCAACCGCGCAUCGUGUGUCGGGUCUCAUGUUAGCGAAUCACACAAGCAUUGGUUCGUUGUUCAAGCGCAUAUGUGAUCAGUAUGAUCGGUUACGUAAACGAAAUGCGUUUUUGGAGCAGUACCGACGGGAAGCCAUCUUUGCGGACGGGUUGGACGAAUUUGAUUCUUCUCGGGAGGUUGUCCAGGAAUUGAUUACAGAGUAUGAGGCUUGCGAAAGUCCUGAUUAUAUCAACUGGGGCGCUGAUGAUGAAUAGUGCAAGCGACGCCUGGACUCGUUAAUUGUAUAAAGUUUUUGUUUGUAGAGCUUCUAACAAAUAGGUUAUGCCUUGAGAUAUAAAUAAAUAUUACAUGCAAGUGCUAACA